UCUGCGCGUCACUUGAAGGGGAUGUUUCACGUCGUUUUUAAAGAAAAAAAUAACGUGUUAUAAUGUUUAGCUUCCCAGUCUGCGUGUAACUUACGGGGUUUUAAAUCCUCCCCAUCUGAGGCAGAAACAUGUCCUUCGUUUCAUUGAAGACGUUAAUGUUUUGGUUCCUUGUGACAGCUCAUGUGAUUCGCGUUGAUACAUCGAGACUGAGGCGGCGAGUCAACUUGACCGAAGAAGACGAGGAUCGGGCUCCGUCUGGGGAAGACGCCGUCUACGUGAAGCUCAAAAGUGGCCCCAAAACGUCAGGACUCGAGCCGGGGGACACAGCGGUGACAUUCAAAGUCCAUACCUUGGAUGGGGAGUUUGUAUACCCGGCGGAGGGUCUGCGGGGAUCCCUUAUCAUUCACGCCUUCACAAACAAAUCUGGUUUCCUAGAGUGUCUGUGGGGCUCGGAGUCGUCUCUGGCUGACCUGGUCCAUCUGCCGGAGAGCGCCCAGGUUCUGUUUGUGUCGCUGGACGACUCUGCGGUCGAUGAUGCUCUCUGGAUGAGGGAGCAGGUCCACCGCGCCGUCAUGCACAGAAAGAAAGAGGUGCUGUCCAGGUUGCACUUCUCUCCUGUACCAGUGUUUGCCCUGGGUAACUGGAUCCCCAGUGUCCUCUAUUCCUGGGGCUGCACAGGACACAACUGUGGUCUUUCCCAGGCUGCUUUCACCUGCGAGGGAUGGAGCAUGCCAGUGAUUGUCAAGAGACUAGAUGCCAGAUAUGAUUGGCUUAUGGGACGCUGGGCUCAGAGGUCAUAUGAACUGAUUGAUGCUGGAGAUGGGUGCAAGCCCUCUUUCUCUGUGGCAGGUGCAGUGGCCUGGGUGUCUGAGGGCACCUGCUCUUUUUUCACCAAGGUACAGAACAUGGCCAAGUCCAAUGCGUCCGGUGUCCUUGUCUAUGCCUUCCCUGGUAACCCCAUUCAGGACAUGAACUGCAUUGGGGAUGAGUGUUUCACUCCGCUGAGUCUACCUGCUGCCAUGGUGCAUUUGGAGCCAUCUGUGUCCCAGGCACUUCGAUUUGGACAGCAAGUGAACGUGUCCUUCCAGAGCACCCCGUCCCCAAACUUCUUCGUGGGUAUUGACCAACAGGGGGCGCUGGCUGAGGUCGGCUGGUUUCUCUAUCCAACUUUCAGCUUCAUCAACUGGCAGGCCCAGUGGUUUCACUUCUACCACGGACUCCAGACCAGGCUUCAAACGGCUGCCCAGGUGGUCUGUGUUUUUGACAAGGUUUUGAUGCAGGGGGACAAAGGAGCGGUGGCUACAGUGGAGCUUCCAAUUGGCAUGUUGGACUUUGACACACUGGAGCUGGAUACCUCUCUUUCCUGUCCUGGCAGCAGAGACUCCACCUGCGCCCACUGGGACCACACGGUGCAGCUGUUUGUGUGCUGCGACUACUUGGGCCCCUACUGCAACGUGGAGCUGGGCCGAUGGAUUACUGCGUUCCGCAGAGGCAUAGGACACUGGCUAACUGACGUAUCCCCUCUCAUCCCCCUGCUCAACAACAACAAAUGUACCUUCACUAUGAAGACAGUGCCCUGGGCCAUGCCAUGGAUGGUGUCCCUCAACCUUAGGUUCAGUAGCAGCAAUCAAACAGGUGAUCCUGUAGAGAAGCUUUACCCCUUUCAGGUAACAUCACUGUACAGCGGAGGAACCUUUGACAAAAACUACAACAUGAAAUACCAGCCAAUCAAAUUCUCUGUUCCAGCCUCAACUAAGAAGGUGGAGCUUUACGCAGUCAUCACAGGUCAUGGUAGUGAUGAGAACGGGUGUGGAGAAUUCUGUGUCACAUCACAUCACUUCUUGAUUAAUAGCAUUUUUAACCACACCCGCAUAUUUGACUCUGCAGGCACAGCUCUGGGCUGCACACUGCGGGUCAAAGAGGGAGCAGUGCCCAAUGAGCACGGCACGUGGCUAUAUGGACGUGGUGGGUGGUGCGAUGGACUACAGGUCAACCCCUGGAGGACCGAUAUCACCAGACAGCUGGACAUGACUGGGUAUGAAUCCAACAUGCUUGUCUACUUUGGCUUGUACGAUGGACGGGAUCCCAGCCCAGCUCAGGAGCCCGGCUACAUCAUCAUGUCCUCUUUUCUUGUCUUCUACAAAUAAAGUGGCUCUGUAAAAAAAUGUCAAUUCUUAAAUGCUCAUCUAAAUUAAUACUAUAUACUGAAUAUGAAACAAAUCAUUAAAUAUUUUAUUUUCUUA